CGAUCAAAUUGCCGCGGCCGGGUAACGACCCAUUUAUUAGAAAAGCCAAUCGGCGAGACGACCAUUGACCGGAAUUUGUGUGAUUUGUAAAGAGGCGGAAACUUGUGGUCUGAUCACAAUACUUUUUGCGGAAAAUUGAAGUUCAUCAAUUUCUCAUAUGUUAGAAACCAACAUAGUCUUCCUAUAAUCCGUAUAAUUCGCAUAAAACGGUCGCUGCAUUGUUAAUUGGGUCACGGACUUCAUAGGGAGUGUAACGGAAGAGCCAAAUAUUUAUGCAAAUAGAGAUUUUCUCGUGAGCUCAGAGACGUGAGUUAGGCUAGUGAACGAAACAACACAUGUGAGACUCGGAGGAGAUUUUAGUCAUAUUUUCCGUAUUUUUGGUGUCGUACGUUAUCAACAUGGACCACUUACCACCACCAGCGAUUAAUCCUCAUCUACAAAGAGUUUUGAAAAGUUAUAAAACGGCUGCUAUGAGGAGUUUGAGCGGUCCUAGUAACUAUAUGUCGGCAUGGGGAGACGCCGCCAAACUAAGCCCAGCAGAAUUGGAAGAGUACCGCAAAGCACUUACUUUACUUGGAAAGAAAGUUGAGGGGGUCGGUGAGUUUAAAGCGCUCGAAUUCGACCCGUUUUCACAACCUCCCCCUUUCCCGAUUCAGCAGAUGCCCUUUCUGAUCCCUAUGGACAGUUGUAAGUCAGAAAGGGCGGAAACCUACCUGGAAGAGGAGCUUAUUGCGUGCUUCAAAGUUGGAGGUGAGAAGCGGUUGUGUCUCCCCCAGAUCUUGAACACAGUUCUAAGGGACUUCAGCUUAUCACAGAUAAAUAUUGUUUGCGAUGACCUUCACAUUUUCUGUUCCCGUUGUAACCCCGAACAACUGGACAUUCUGAAAAUGAACCGAAUACUACCGAUGAGCGCACCAAGUUGUGGAUUGAUCACGAAGACAGACGCAGAGCGGCUUUGUAACGCCCUUCUCCACAGGUCGCCACAAAAAGCCCUCGAUCCCCCAACGCGCAACAGCUUCAAGGUUUACCACGAGUGUUUUGGCAAGUGUAAGGGACUAUUCACGCCAGAACUUUACAAGGAUCGUGACAGCAAAGCGAUUGAGUGCAUGGACUGUCGGGGGAUGUUCUGCCCCCAGAAGUUCGUCUGCCACUCGCACAAGGCAUUGGAAAAUCGUACCUGCCACUGGGGGUUCGAUUCGGCCAACUGGCGUUCGUAUCUUCUUCUGGCAAAAGACCAGGAAAGUCAGGAGCGUCUCCAAGAUGCCCUCGAUGAAAUGAAAGACAAGUUUGACACCAGCAACAAGUACAAAAGACGCAUGGUAAAUGACGAUAAAGAGAAUGCGAAGCGCGCCAAAACCAUUAAUCAGGACCUGGCCUCUGAUUGGUUGGAACAGUAUCGGCACAUGUCCGCCUUCCAACCGUGGUCACCAGGGCUACUUAAAGAUGGCAAACUGUCACUGCCACCUGGCCUCAUGAGAGAUGGGGUUGGAGUACGAGCCUUGCCGCCAUUCUUGCAGACAGGGCCACCAGUGCUGCUUAAUCCUGAAAGGGUCGUGCCGCACACUGAAAAGACCAAUGAUCACACAGUGUUCGCUCCCAAUGUGAAAAUGGCCCCUGCUGAUGUGCAGAAAAAGCAGAGCUUGCAGCCCUCACGGGUCGACACGCCUUGUCAUCACAUGGCACCCAAGCUACGCCACAAGAGUCAGAGUGAGGCCGGCGGGAGACCGUGGCUCAACGCUCAAGUCAACACGGAGCACGGACCAGAUACAGGUUCAAUGCAGGAUGAACAGCUUCAGCGUUGUCGUGAUCUGAUUGUAAAUGCUUUGCCUUCACCAGAGAAUCCUGAUCCUUUUAUUUGCAGAAGUAGCGAACCACAUUUUGCGCCGAACGUCAGCCUGGCGCCGGCCAACCAGCAGCAGAAGAAAUCCUCUGAAAUGGCAGCAGAGAAGGAUCCCGAUGAUUGGGACACUUCUGAUUCCGACUCAACUUUGUCAGAAUCAGGUCUGAACACACCAACAAAGGCGUACAUUGAGGAAUCACUGGCGAGCAAGUCGGUUCAGGAUUGCUUGGACCAGCAGUGUGAGAUGAUGCAGUGUGCCCUGGAGGGCAAGGUCGGCGACUCGAUGAAGGCCAAGCGGCGCUACAUGGAUGAGUUCAGACUCCUCGGUCUUCAUAUCCUUAACGACUUCAACCACAGCACGGAGAGAAGGAAAUCAUGUGAGAAGGAGCUGGAGUUCCUGCGCAUGAUCAGCAGUGAACACACCCCCGAGCAGGUCUACAGCAGGAAGCGCACCUCCUCCCCUAUCAUCGACAUCAAGGUUGAGAUGGAGUCUAUGGAAACUAAGAGCAAGCGACCAUAUGACGCCAAGGACCGAGAGCCAACCUGGUCUCCAUCUUCGCACGGCAGCAACCGCAGCACACCCGAACCAUUCACACCAACGUCAAAUUUAGAGGGCGCCACUGACUUGCCUUGAGGAUCUCAGGAAGUAUCGAACCUUAUGGGCAUUAUCGCGAAACCACGAGAUGCGUCCUCGAAGAAGUGGGUGCCUCGCAUUUCUCUAUUAAUUUCAGUGACCUUUUAUUCUAUAACCCAUGGACUGUCUUGCAUAUGGACGUUGUUGUGUUUUCUCCUGUGUUACGGGUCUUUUAAACUGGUGCUAUGUUACAGAAUAUAACUGAUGUAAAACGAAGGUGAAGGCAUGGAUUGCCGGUGCACAUUCGUACCGGUAUGGCAAGUCUUAGACAAGAACAAUGGAGUAUAUUUGUGCAGCAUCAGGAGCAGUGGUACGAAGCUGGAGGGAACUUUAAAGGAGCACAUGGCAUCAUUGGAGUCCUUCAAAUACCCGCUUUUGAAUGCAGUUCCGGUUUUAAUAGGGCGUUACGAGAGUAUGCACAAGAAUCAUUAGGAUUUCUGACAUUGUGGAUGUGACAUUCUAUCGGUAACAUGCAGCGUCUGCUGAGGUGUAGAGUCUGUGCAUACGAGUGAAUCAGACAGAUGAACUAGUGUUCUGUGGAUUAAGAUACAGUCUAUAUGCUAUGGAGAGUUGGGAGAUAUGGAUUACCUGGGGCAGGCUUGCUCAGGAGAAUAUGUGCUUGGAUUCGCUGGCUGUAAGCUCUCAUUUACAUGCUGAAUUAUUAUUAAUAUAUGCGGUACAUGUACCAUACUGAUUUUGCCAAAAAUCAUUUGUGUACUUAUUGUGGGAUUGCUCUACCAAAGUUAUGGUGAUUUUGGCAAAGUUAGAAAAGAGUCUUUAAGACAUUCUUGGUAUGUCUUGCUAAUGGGAUGACACAGGUUCUGGGCAAGUAUGAGAGCAAGGGAAGCUGGUACUGAUUGAAUACCAUUGAUAAAGUAGACGUUUGGGAGGUGUUGCCAGCAUAAAUAUAUAUCCUCCGCUGAAUAUUCAAUAACACCUGAUUUAUCAAAUAGGUUAUGAACAGUGUCAUGCUAGACAUGCUUUCAGUUUGCCUUUAUCAAGAAAAGCAGCAUGCAAAACUCUUCACUCAUUGGUAGCUUUAAAAUGAACUUCUGUCAUGUGAAUUUCUUGUUAUUUAGUAAGAAGGUUAAAGACCCUUAGGUUCCAUAGUUCGACAGAGGACUUCAACCUUUAUCUGGCACCUGUUUAAAAAAGUUAAACAUAUCUGCUAUUCCAAAACAAUCUGGUUUUAUGAAAAAAGCCUGCUGACCUUUCUGGUGUUUACUUUUAAUAUUCCAUUAUCUAUACAUAGUGACAUGAAUUAGACGCAAAGUACAAUCGGAACACAAUUAGUUUGGCUAAGAUCGCCGUCUUCUAUUUCUACUCCAGCAAGUCCAAGUUCUGAAUGUGUGUUUGAUGAGUUUGCCGCUCCGCUUCACCAGGGCCCUGUCUUGUUUUCGACCGUGGUAUUUUCAACUACCAUAUUAUAUAAGUAGAGGCAGCAUCAUCAUCACCAUGUAUAAUUGUCCUAACCCCGUUUUUCCCCGCAAUGAAUUUGAUGUGUGAUUAUAUGGAGUUUGCUCCACUUAGAAUAUGAUUUAAUCGGCCUUGGUUGAAUAUUGCAGUGACUCUCAGCCCAUGGAUGGAUGAUGGAUAUUUGCCAAUACCAUGGCAAACCACAAAUUUUUCACACUCCUUAAAAAUUUGAAAAAAGUUUAAAAUUUCACAAUUUUUAUUUUGACACAUUUAUUUUUGCCACUUGCAAAAAAUUUGAAAAAUGUUUAAAAUUUCACAAUUUCUAUUUUGACGGAUUUUUGAAUUUCUUUUGGUUUUCCAGUCGAAAAUAUUUUUUCACAUAUUUCAUUUUCGCAAAAAUCGUGAAAUCCACCAAAAAAACAUCCAUGCAAAUUCUGCGGUUUGCAGUAUUAUAUUUUUCGAUCAGUCUCGAUCUCUUUGUUUGAGGAGCCAUUGAUAUUUAAAGCAUUAAAGAAAGACGAAAAUGUCAAGAACUUUGACGUCCUCGCUGUCUAUGAGGCUGAGGGCUUCUUGGCUGUCGAUGUCUUCUUGUGCGGGUUAUACUACUAUUGCAUAAGAUCGUACUACAGUGGUGUAUGUUAAUGGUAAUUCAUGGUGUGGUAAAGCUAUUGUACUUCAUAUUACUUCAAAAAAUCACAUCUGUUUUCAAAUUUUGCCAAACUCAAAUUGAAAAGAAAUCAAUAAUGUUAACUUUUUAAAUUGAAAAUAUCUUUUUAAAAGAAAAACUAACCUUUUCAUUUUAUUCAGGCCAGUUUUAUGGUAGAUGUGUUUUGGCGUUUUUAAUAUCGGUGAUAUUUUUGUCCUGUUUAUUGUGUAAAAGGAAAAAUAGUCCGAAUUUGACAACAGAUGUGUUAUGUUUAUAAAUAGAAUGAGCGUGUUUUUGUAAAUAGAUGAAUCUAUAUUAAAGAAUAUAUGAAUAUAUUAUAUAUACACACACAUUAUAUAUAAACAUGGUAAAGUUUGAGAUCAAGUUUGUGGAGGUGUAUGUCUUCGUUCAGGCUUUUGCUAUCGGCUUCAUCAUUUCAAUAUUUUUGAUCACAAACCCCGGUAGAGUACCUGGUGCAUGUUUUCAUGAAAAUAUAAGGUAAAGAUUAGUAAGGAGUCAUGUUACCACACAUGUGGUGCAUCACUAGAAAUAAAAGCCUGGUGUCACUCAUACAAUGAUAAUGGGUAAUUUGAGUUUGCUCGUCACUCUUUUUGGCAAAAAUUUGCAACUCCUUGCAUAAUCAAUACCCCUGGCCCUGCAGAUGGCAUAAUUGGGCAACUCUUGGUAACAAUUAUUUCGUGACUUGAGAUGUGUCAUGCUUUUCAGACCGGUUUUCAGUUCUAAAAACAAUCCGAGUGAUGUAAAAAUUCUGGUAAGCAAGAUAAUUUUCUCAUGAGUUCACACAGUUCUGUGCUGAACAGAGUACAUUUAUCUAUGUAUAUACAUCCCCUGCAAAUCAUUCUGUGGUCUUCAUUUGAUUAAGUGAGUCCUUUGGAAUAUUAUCAGUGAUUGUAUUGUCUAGAGUUUGCCCAAACGUACAUUAUAUUGGAGUAUAACUAUGUGGGUGUUUGGUAGUUCUUGCUGGCUCGUGGUCAUAAUCUUCUCCCAGCAGUACAUGUUUCCUGACCAUUGUCCAGUGAAGUUUAGGGCUAGAAUUCCUGCCUAUCAUGUCUCGUAUUUGUGAAUAAAUCAUAGGCGAUGACCAUAAUCUGAUAGUGUAGCUCGCCCACAUGCUGGUGUCGUGUCGAUGUGCUUCUUACUGCUGGUGACCUUUAUGGACAAGGCUUCUUCUAGUGAAGAUAUAAAAGUGCAAAUAAUUCAUUGUUUAUGGUGAAUUUAUCGAGUAAUUGUGGUGACAUUUCUUUCGUAAUGUUGGUUGAUGCUACUCGGUAUCGUUCUCAUCUUGGCCUUGUCUGUUAAUGGCUAGCAUGUAUUGCGCUGUACUGGUGACUAUAAGAAGUAAAGCCUCUUCUAUGGUGCUUUAAAAGAAUUAAUAUUAAAGGCGUCUUAUUUAUUUUCCAUCCAGUGUUCUGGCAGGGAGCCUCAUAGCUCCUUGCCAACACUUCUCUCUGUACCUAUUGUUGGUUGCAAUGAGGAAUGGUCAUGGUUGCUAAGUAACUGGUUGCCGUUGCUAAGUAACUGAUCACCAUUGCUAGGCAAUUUGUGGUUGCUCAGUACUGGUGAUGGUUGCUAAGUGACCGAUCAAUAGUUGCUAAGCAACUGUUUGUGGUUGCUGAUCUGAAUUGUGGAAAACAUGACGUUUUGUUUUCUUUGAAAAGCUAAGAACAGAUGACUUCUGCUAGUCCCGGUUAUGAAUUGAAUGUUUAUGUUAUGAUGCAUGUUUCUCCAUAUUUUGUGCAAGAUUAGCCAUCUGUCGUGAUGACAUCUCCUCCAAGUUGUGUGUCGCACAAGUAUUUUCUUCAGUAAAAGUCUUCAUAGCUCUAAAAAUUUAUUAUUUGACGAGAUAUUUAGCUGAAAGCUAAUACAGUGUUUUUCUCAUAUCCAAACUAAUCACACAGGGUUGUCGACCGGCCUGUGUCACUGAGUUUUGGUAAAAGGAGAAAUUUGUUGGUAACUGAAACUCCAGAAUUAUUUUGUUGAUUUCAUGAGGUUGCCAAGCUUCAAUCAAGGCACAAUGUGAAAAUACUGUGUGACUCUCAGCAGUGUAUCAUAGCCGGAACUUGGAUUCCUUCUAGGGUGUUCCUGUACAUGUAUUAUAAUGUGUUGUGUGUUGACUUCAAACUAUGUACCCAUGAAAUCCUUUAAUCUGGCGAUAAUCUUGAUGAACUUCUUUGAUUCUAAAUGCCGUGCCAUUGAAUUCGCUAUAAAUAGAAUAUUGAUAUUGUAAUGAGCUUGUUUAGGACUGAUGGUUGAGCCAGGCGUCUGCUGGGAAUGAUAAUGAACUAAUCGUAGUGGAGGUACAUAUUACUUCUUUCCAAAUAAGGGUGUAAUUGUAUUUAUGAUAAAACAAAAGGAAACCUGCUUAAGCAGUUGUUGUGUGGUACAAUAGUGAUCCAUUCAGUAAAUUUUGAAAGCAUUGGUGCUCCAUAUCAUCUGAUGGGCAUGUGACUACAAUGUGGUGAGAUGAGUAGAAUUUGGCUGUUGGCAGACAAGCCACCUUCAGUUCUUGACACGCAUGCUUAUUGAGAUUGAGGAUAGACCCUCGUAAGCUGCUUAAACAUUUCGAUGGCUUCGUUGUGUGUUUUUGUCCCAGUGCGUUUCCUGAUUUCUGCUUGACACUUUCUCACUGAACGAUAUCUUCAACGCGAUUUUUUCAAACCGAACUUGAAGCUUCUUCUAAAGCUCAAUCGGUGUUUGGAAAAAGCAGAUCUUGGUCGGGCAUAUGUCAAUUUUUUAUGUAUUCCAACACUAAAGGUGUUAUUGUAUUGAUAGACUUAUUGUCAAUUGAAACUAGCACAUUAUUUUAAUCUGAACAUGAUUGACUAAUGCAUGUUUUCGCUGGAUUCAUUUUCUAUUCAAGAAUUGCAGCGAGUGUGGAAUAAUAAUGUAAUUUGCAGCACCGGGUAUAAAUACGAGGAAGUUGUGCUAUCUGCUGUCACCAUGGUGAGUGUCAGCUUAACGUUGCUCCAGGAAAACUCAGGUCCAGAUUUUGUGGGCGUAUUCUUCCCAUGAAAGAAUUUUUUUGUUGAUUUCGUGUUGCUUUUCACUUUUUGGUAUUCCGUAAGGCAUUGACUGAUGUAUUUAAAUUUGAUGCUUGCAAAGAUGACAGUUGGUAGCACAACAUCUCCGUGACCUUGCCCUUACUAUGCUCAUGUUGACCUUGACCUCUGAAGGUCAUUAGGAUGACCAUAUUGUAAAUUGUGCCAUAGAGAAUACUACUCAUUUCAUAUUUUGAUUUUGUUGAUUAAUAUACGGGUAUACAUCAUAUAAAUUACGGCUUUCGCACCUUAAAUUCUUGAUUUUAUGACAAGGGUAGUCUGGGUGGGAAUAAAUUUGCGGUGACAAUUCCAGCUCGCUCUCUGAGAUACAGAUAUACAGAUCAGAGUCUUUCUGUAACCACACUACAGGGUGACCCAACGUGUCAACCAGUGUUACUAAAUGUUAACUAGCAUUUGCUUCAUUCAAUGAUGUUUGAACUGGGGUGAACCCGAACUCAGACACAAGUGUUAACUUUGACAUUUGACCGCGCCCAUUCGGUGUGCAGAGUGCCCAUUUUUCAAUCACUACCAGUGAUUGGUACACACUUUAGGGGAAAGAAAAUUUGUACGAGUUCAUGUUUAGGUUUUAUUAAUUGGAUCACAUGUGGAACUGUUACUAUACAAAAAAAAUCAGGGACACAAACCAAAUAUAUAUUGACAAGUGUCUUUUUAAUUAAUUUAUUUGGCAAAUGUAGAAUUUUCUCAUUUUAUACAAGUUUGAAAUGUGUUAAUUAUAUUUUUUGGUUGCACUCUAGAAAGAAGUGUCGACAGUUUUAGAGAACAAAUAGAAGACUUUUGAAUGUUCUUUUUCAGUGUUUGUUUCAUGAACACACAAUGUUUGAAUUUGGCUUAGAAUUUAUGAAAUUUACUACAAAUGUAUCUGCUUGAUAAUUUGUUGCUCUUAAAAAAAUUGGCACAAUUUCUAUCGCUCAUCAAGCUUUCAAAAAUGGGUCUAAAAUGCAGGAAAUUAGUUCCCAACGUAAGGGUAAGGAAAUGAAACCAGUUUUGGUUUUGUGGCCGUUUGUGUACUUAAUUUGGUCCAAUUUGAAGAGGCAUUUCGUGUAGAUGCGAUAAGGGCCGGGUUUAUCUCCUGCACGUUUUCACUAAAUCAUUAUUCAUUUGCUCUUUCGUAGUUACGAGCAGUCUUCAAAACGAAUUACACAAAUUCAGGGAAAUUCAAUUAUUGUACUUUGAUUAUAUUGUAAAAUGUGAGUGACCCUUGUCACUUGUGGGCGCAAGCAAUGUUGUCUACUUAAAAGCCUUUGGAUUUUACACAUCUUCUUCCGAGGCCACAAGACAGAAACUGGAAGCACAUGAGUUUCAGGUUUAUUGGAAUUCUUCAGGGUGGGAUUUGCCAGUUUUUCCGGUUACCAAAGGGGAUUGGUGUAUGGAUUUUAUAAGGAAGUUUUCCUCUUUAUUUGGAUAAGAAAUGUUCAAAAAACCAAUUUAUUGGAUUUAAAAAGGUGCUUCCUCAAAGUUAGUUCCGAGUCUAAGGAAAGUUUGGUUUGAAUGAUUUCAUACUUGAUUUGACCGAAUAUGGCAUAGCAUUCAAGCAGUAUUGCUCCAUUCGGGUGCGUCACACAAUUCUCAUGUUUGAUAACUUUGUUGUGUAACGGCAGGGAUUUACAUGUGGCAAUCAUUAUGUCUCCAAGGUAACCCGAGAACUUGGCAAAUUCCUUCCCACUCUUGUGUGGCCGAAGAUCUGUUAAAGACAAAAUCAUAGAAAACAAGUAAAGGUUCAUGAUGAGAUCUUGUCAGCAUUUAGUCCAAUGCGGCAUUGUGUCUGUGAAAAGCUGGUAAGUUUUACUGUAUUAUACUGUUGGUGUAUAACUAUAUAUAUAGGUUCGAUUGUGAAAUAGAUGGUGACGGUUUGGAAAUUUUCUGCGAUUUAGCCUCCGUAGCAUCAAAAUGUGCUGUGUUAUAAUGGAGGGGUGGCUGGAAAGCUCAAAUAUAGGGAUUGUGACUUACUUGAAAUGAGGAGGGAGGCCAUUUUAUGUUGAUUAUUUUAAUAAUGAACAAACCCUCUAUUUAUUCUUGAUGAUAUAAAAUAUCAUCUUGGUAUUCGAAUGUAAAAUUGCUGGUGCUCUGGUGUAUUUAAAGACAAGUGAUGCAACAUUGAUGAUAAGUCAUAAAGUUUCUUGGCAGAAACACCAAAGCCUUGAGUACAAAUAAGGCCAAACUAAACUGGCACAUAUGCGGAGAAGGAAUGGUUUUGAAUACUGUAUGGUAUCAUUAGUCGUUUCUAGUACAUCACUAGGUCGCAGAAAAUUUGUUGUAUGGAAUUUCGUGAAGUGGCUGUUGGCUCUUUUCUGCUGGAAGGUAUUGAAAUAGUAUGUACUGUGACUCUGUAAUUAUGUGUAUAUAUGGAUUAUAUAUUAGGGGUUAUUAUGUGCUGAUAUCGUGUAAGAGCUGUGCUAUAAGCAAUUUAUUAAGAACAGACUUUGAAAAAGAUGUAUGAUCGGGUCUGUGAAUAUAGUCGAUAGGAGUAAAAAACGAGUGUAAAUAUGUUCUACAUCGAAGAAGUGAACCAUUAAGAUAUAACUAUGAUAAGUGAACCCGGUUUUGGUUAAAAUGAUAUAGUAAGACAGUGAGAGGGCCAAUCUAGAAUCUGAUGAGUGUAAUUGUUUAGAAUAUGUAUGUAUUGUAACUGUGACAACAACAAAGUAAAGCAUAUGUGUGACUUUAUACUCGCUUAGCUUUACUUGUGCUAUUAGAGUAGAAAGAAUCACUGACAAACCCUACACAAUUGUGAGGUAAUCUAACCAUUGUGGAGACAUCCUGUAUCAAUCAUUUCAAUCCAACCUUGGAGAUGAUCUCUGCUAAAUUGAGACUGUUAUGUUGUGCUGUAAGUAUGUGAAGUGAAACAUACAACGCAAAAAGUUAAGGUUAUACUGAUUGAGGUUUUACACCAUCUGUUAUGGCCCUCUUCACUUUUGUUUCCAUGUGCUUUGUGCUAUUGAAUUUGUGUAAUGAUUAGCAGAUGCGUUAAAAAGGUCACAGGGCAGAUUAGUGCUGUCCUAGACAGAAAGGGUUAACUGUCUGUGCCUUGUCGUAGUAAGUAUACUUCCAGCAGAAAAGUGACCACCUUGUACCUUUGACCACUGUUUGAUGACAGCAGAUGUUUCCAUAGUGACACAGUCCUUUGGCCUUGACCUUUGAUAGGCAGGGCAUGUUUUCAACCGAGGUGAAAGUCACGUGACUGAAUGGUUCUGCAAAGGGUGUGACCAAGGUGCCACAAGUAAUUUUCCGUAUUCAUGGUCACUACCCAGAGCUUAGAAACUGUUACUAUUGCCAGGUAAUCAUGGUGGUAACUAAGUUUCCAUCUUGGUUGCUAAGUCCACAUAUGGUUGCUAGGUAACCAGUGUUAAGCUUGCUGGUGACUUGGUAACUGUGGUAUCAACCUAGAUACCAUUGGUUACCAUAGAAUCUAAGACGUUGGUGAGUCUUAGAACCCAAAUAACAUGCUCAUGGGGUUGUACAAUACGCAGGGUGGAGUUACCGCUGCAUCAGAAUGUUAGGUCUGUGUGACUUCAAGGCUGUGAUGUAAAACUUGUGACUUUGUUUAGUGGCUGUUCUAUCAAUCGUGCUUGCCAUUUUCAUCAAGAUAUUUGCCCCUUGUGUGGUAGAGAUGGUAGAAAGCAUUAUUGAAAGAAGGGUUGCUCAGACAAUAUUGUUGGUAACCAACCAUUACCGGGUAAGGAGGAUAAUCUGCAAAUUUUAAACAGUAAAUAAAUUGAAAAUCUUGUUACUUUCAAAA